AUGGCACAGUACGGCUAUGGCGCGCAGCCCCAAGGCAAUCCAGCCUACGCGCCCCAGUCCGCCCAGAAUCUCCAGUUCUACCCAUCUUCGUAUGGCGCACCAAACGAUGUCUCGGGCCACGCAGCAUCCUCGCAGUCUUCCUAUGGCUACGGCGCACCCUCGGGCACGAUGGGCGGUGGAGGAGCAAACUUUGGCUUUGGACCCGCGGCUGGUGUCUCGGGGCGCAUGGGCGAGCAGGGCGGACUGAGGACCGGCUGGCUCGCAGCUUUCUCGGCAGAGGGUUACGAGGGCGAGCCCUCGCUGCUGGAGGAGCUGGACAUCAACUUUGGACACAUCCAGGCAAAGACAAUAGCAGUCCUGAACCCCUUCCGACGAAUCGACCAGCACCUUAUGGACGACAGCGACAUCAUAGGACCCCUGAUCUUUCUCGUCUGCUUCGGCUUCCUGCUCGCCCUCUCCGGCACCCUCCAUUUUGGCUACGUCUACGGCCUAUCAUUGAUGGGCUCGACCUCCCUACACGUCAUCAUCAGCCUCAUGACUCCCCAAGACGAUGCUGACCCGGGCAACCCCUCCCCAGCCGGUGCAACCCCUUACGCCGGCGCGUCGUCUCCACAGCCGCCGUCCUCGCAGCACGGCCACCAUCACCACGCCAACGAGCUGUCCGCGACGCUCACCUGGAGUCGGAGCGCCUCCGUGCUGGGCUACUGCAUCAUCCCGCUCCUAGCCAUGAGCGUCGUCGGCGUCUUCAUGCCCAUGGAUACCCCCAUGGGCAUCGUCAUGACCUCCGCCGCCAUCAUGUGGUGUACCUACAGCGCCUCGGGUAUGUUCUGCGCCGUGGGCCGGCUGCGGAGCAUGAGAGGUUUGGUCGCCUACCCACUGGCGCUGUUCUACGUAGGGUUUGGCAUAAUGACCAUCUUUUCAUCGCGAGGAUCGGGGAACAUGGCAAAGAUCGUGGGCAGUGCGGGCACUUCGUAG